GGGCAACAGUAGGAUAGGCGCCACACAAGAUGAAAGUAUAUAUUGUUGUUGGUGCUUUGGCAGUUCUGGCAUCGUUGGUUGCACCCGGCCUGGCACGCACCAUGGAUCGCUGCUCCUUGGCCAAUGAGAUGUCCAAUUUGGGCGUUCCCCGCGAUCAACUGGCCCGCUGGACCUGCAUUGCUGAGCGAGAGAGCAGCUAUCGCACCCAUGUGGUGGGACCAGCCAACACGGAUGGCUCCCAUGACCAUGGCAUCUUCCAGCUGAAUGAUCGUUACUGGUGCCAGGCUCGUGGCCGACGGUCCAGCAACCUUUGCGGUCUCAGCUGCGAUACUGUUCGCACCGAUGAUAUUACCAAUGCGGUGAGAUGUGCCCAGCGGGUGCUAUCCAUUCAGGGUUGGACAGCCUGGUCUGUGUGGAGAUUCUGCAGCGGCGAUUUGCCCAGCAUCGAUCCUUGCUUCUAGUGGAGCCAAGCCAAUUUGUAAAACUAACAACAUUUACAACACAAUAAAAGUAAUUUGUUUAUGCGAU